AUGAAGAGAACAAGAAAGCGUUCUCAUAAGAAAACUGAGGUAAGUCAGGAAAAUUCUGACGAAUUUAAAAACAAAUAUAGAAAACUUAGUAACGGCUCAAAAGAGCACGAACAGCAGAUAUCUCCUGGAGAUUCCAGGAGAAAGAGAAGUAGGAGCUGCAAUGAGCAGGACAUUGAGAGAGGGAGAGAUCCCAAAAGACGGCUCCUUGCUGAGGAACGCAUCAGAUAUCAGGGUCAGAAAAGAUACAGGACCUCUAGUCAUGAUGAAGAGGAGCAGCUUAUGCAGAAAAGACCAAAGCUCUCCUCAUCUCCAAAACUGGAUCAGAAAAGUGAGAGAAAGUCUGCUGUAAAGAGCGAUCAGACAUCUCCACCCAGAAAGCAAGCCCUGAAACGAAGCAGGGAAUACGAUCAUGGGGAGCAGCUCAUGCAGAAAAGACCAAAGCUCUCCUCCUCACCAAAACUGGGUCAGAAAAGUGAGAGAAAAUCUGCUGGAAAAAGCAGUCAGACAUCUCCACCCAGAAAACAAGCCCUGAAAAGAAGCAGUGAAUAUGAUGAGGAGGAGAAGGAACAAGUUAGGCAGAAAAAGAUAAAGAUCUCCUCUGGAAAGCAGGAAGAGGAGAAAAGAGAUGAAGAGGAGAUAGGAGAGAAAAAGUGCUUUAAGAAAGAAAACAAGUCAACGAGCGACGAUGAAUGUGUGGCAGGUAAGAUGAACAUACAAGAUUUAAAGAGAUUGGUCAAUUUAAAAUAUAAGAGAUUUUUCCCUCAAUUGACCAUACUCUGAACCCAUUCACUGUCUCUAUUUAAUCACUAUCUCCCGUACUUCAGUGACCAUGAGUGUUCAGGCGAUGGUUUUUUAAACUAUAAUGGUACAGACCAAUAUUUCAAGACCUUUGAUAUAUCUAGAAUAUUUAUCCAUCCAUUAGGAAUUAGCCAAUGAUAUUCAUGGCUAAUGUACCACAAACUAUAAAAUCUUUUUAAUGAAAUGGUCCAUGAUGUGAUAUUUACAAACCAUAUUAUUAUUUCAUAUAACUGGGUGGGAUCGGAAGAUUUGUAGGGUGAAUCAGGGGUACUAGAGAAAUUAAGUUGGUUCCUGUGUUUAUGUUGAAGUGGAGACUAAUAUUAUGUGUUCAUUCUUUAAGGAGUAAGUGGACAGUCUUUGGUUGAACCAAAGAAGUCACUGCCUCUGUCAUUCACCGGUUAUAGAUUCCACAAAGUGCUGGGACAGGGGAGCUAUGGAAAGGUGAGUCAGCGAGCAAUGUAUACACCUUAUUUAAUACAUCUAUUGAUUUAGUAGGGAACGAUUAUAACUCUCAUAAUCAUCAUUAUCUUCCUAUAACAAUUAGUUGAGAUUAACUUUCUUGUAAAUCAGUGUAUCAUCCAUGAAUGUGGAAAACAUAUUAACAUCUGCAAAGUAUUUAGAACAUUUUAUUGAGACUCCAAAAAUAAUCUCCAGGACUCUUCUAUUAUGGGAUGUUUAACAUGGCUUAUUAUACUAACAGUUCUAUUAAAUCUUCUCAAAUUAUUUUUAUUAAACAAUUAUUGAAAAACAUAUUGAUAACAAUAUGGAACAAAAAUCUAAGAAAAGUAAACAAUCGAGUUAUGAAUAAUGAAAAGCAGGUGAGGGGAAAACAUAAAUAAAAGAAGGUGAUAGGUUUCAUCCAUAGAUACAUGAAAUACAAUUCUAAAAGUUGCACAAAAUACUAUGUGGAGUUCUAUUGAAUCUUUGUAUCUUUCUCUAAACUCUGAUUAUUCACAUUAGAAUUACAGACAUAGGUCUCAAUUUAAUAUUUGGGUAAGCUUUUCAAAUAAUCACAAUCUCUUUUCAAAUUAUUCAUCUACUGAAGUCAUUACAGGCUAUAGGAAAAUGCUGUACAUAAUUCAUUUAUAAAAACAUUCUAACAUAUUGUGAUUAUUUGAUUAUCAAAGUUUAUCCAAAAAUAUUAAAUUGAGACCUUAGUUACAAUCUAGAUUUAUAUGUCCCUUACACAGCAAUCAUUCUCGAUCUCUGUGUGUAUAUAUAUAUAUAUAUAUAUAUAUAUAUAUAUCCCUGAUAUAGGGUUCUCAGGUAGGUCCCAGAGCUAUGUAUAUAUAUCCCUGAUAUAGGGUUCUCAGGUAGGUCCCAGAGCUAUGUAUAUAUAUCCCUGAUAUAGGGUUCUCAGGUAGGUCCCAGAGCUCUGUAUAUAUAUCCCUGAUAUAGGGUUCUCAGGUAGGUCCCAGAGCUAUGAAUAUAUAUCCCUGAUAUAGGGUUCACAGGUAGAUCCCAGAGCUAUGUAUAUAUAUCUCUGAUAUAGUGUUCUCAGGUUGGUCCCAGAGCUAUGUAUAUAUAUCCCUUAUAUAGGGUUCUCAGGUUGAUCCCAGAGCUGUGUAUAUAUAUCCCUGAUAUAGGGUUUUCAGGUAGGUCCCAGAGCUAUGUAUAUAUAUCCCUAAAAUAGUGUUCUCAGGUAGGUACCAGAGCUGUGUAUAUAAAUCCCUGAUAUCGGGUUCUCAGGUAGGUCCCAGAGCUAUGUAUAUAUAUCCCUGAUAUAGGGUUCUCAGGUAGGUCCCAGAGCUCUGUAUAUAUAUCCCUGAUAUACGGUUCUCAGGUAGGUCCCAGAGCUAUGAAUAUAUAUCCCUGAUAUAGGGUUCACAAGUAGAUCCCAGAGAUAUGUAUAUAUAUCCCUGAUAUAGGGUUCACAGGUAGGUCCCAGAGCUAUGUAUAUAUAUCCCUGAAAUAGGGUUCUCAGGUAGGUCCCAGAGCUAUGUAUAAAUAUCCCUGAUAUAGGGUUCUCAGGUAGGUCCCAGAGCUAUGUAUAUAUAUCUCUGAUAUAGUGUUCUCAGGUUGGUCCCAGAGCUAUGUAUAUAUAUCCCUUAUAUAGGGUUCUCAGGUUGAUCCCAGAGCUGUGUAUAUAUAUCCCUGAUAUAGGGUUUUCAGGUAGGUCCCAGAGCUAUGUAUAUAUAUCUCUGAUAUAGUGUUCUCGGGUUGGUCCCAGAUCUGUGUAUAUAUAUCCCUGAUAUAGGGUUCUCAGGUAGGUCCCAGAGCUAUGUAUAUAUAUCUCUAAAAUAGGGUUCUUAGGUAGGUACCAGAGCUGUGUAUAUAUAUCCCUGAUAUAUGGUUCUCAGGUAGGUCCCAGAGCUGUGUGUAUAUAUAUAUCCCUAUAAUAGGGUUCUCAGGUAGGUCCCAGAGCUAUGUAUAUAUAUCCCUGAUAUACGGUUCUCAGGUAGGUCCCAGAACUAUGUAUAUCAGGUUCUCAGGUUGGUCCCAGAGCUAUCUAUAUCCCUGAUAUAGGGUUCUCAGGUAGGUCCCAGAGCUAUGUAUAUAUAUCCCUGAUAUAGGGUUCUCAGGUAGGUACCAGAGCUGUGUAUAUAUAUCCCUGAUAUAGGGUUCUCAGGUAGGUCCCAGAGCUGUGUGUAUAUAUAUAUCCCUAUAAUAGGGUUCUCAGGUAGGUCCCAGAGCUGUGUAUAUAUAUCCCUGAUAUUGGGUUCUCAGGUAGGUCCCAGAGCUAUGUAUAUCAGGUUCUCAGGUUGGUCCCAGAGCUAUCUAUAUCCCUGAUAUAGGAUUCUCAGGUAGGUCCCAGAGCUAUGUAUAUAUAUCCCUGAUAUAGGGUUCUCAGGUAGGUACCAGAGCUGUGUAUAUAUAUCCCUGAUAUAGGGUUCUCAGGUAGGUCCCAGAGCUGUGUGUAUAUAUAUCCCUAUUAUAGGGUUCUCAGGUAGGUCCCAGAGCUAUAUAUAUAUAUCCCUGAUAUAGGGUUCUCAGGUAGGUCCCAGAGCUGUGUAUAUCGGGUUCUCAGGUUGGUCCCAGAGCUAUCAAUAUCCCUGAUAGGGUUUUCAGGUAGGUCCCAGAGCUAUGUAUAUAUAUCCCUGAUAUAGGGUUCUCAUGUAGGUCCCAGAGAUCUGUAUAUAUAUCCCUGAUAUAGGGUUCUCAGGUAGGUCCCAGAGAUCUGUAUAUAUAUCCCUGAUAUAGGGUUCUCAGGUAGGUCCCAGAGCUCUGUAUAUAUAUCCCUGAUAUAGGGUUCUCAGGUAGGUUCCAGAGCUAUGUAUAUUUAUUCUUUAUGUAGGUUUGUUUCAGGUAGGUUCCCAAGCUCUGUAUAGACAUCCCUCAGGUGGUGUUGAAGUGAUGUUACCAAGUGAUAUCUGUAAUAUGUCCCCACUGAAUGAAGUUUUAAAUCACAAAGUAGCUAAAAUUUCCCAUUUCGUUUGUGACAUUGUGGCUGAUACGAGGCUCUCUCCUCUCUCUAUGUGAUGCUCAGGUUGUGCUAGCUUCCACCAAGGACACAGGUCAGGUUGUUGCAAUUAAAGUAAUAAAGAAAGAUAAAGUUAAGGAAAGGACCAUUCAGAAGGAGGAGCGGAUACUGCAAAUGGCGAGCGGCAGUCCAUUCCUAUGUCAGGGACUCGCUGCCUUCCAGACCCAGGUAAGAAACGCUGUCCAUAAUGUUUCCUUAUUUCUAUAUAUUUCUAUACGGCUGAUUGUGUUCUGUUAUUAUUAUUACAAUAUAUAUAUUAACUGGAUAUAUGUUAUCUCUCUUGUGAAACAGAAGGAAGCCUCCCUGGUCAUGGAGCACGUACCAGGGGGCAGUCUCCGUUCUUACAUGGCUGGAAAGGAAUGUCUGCCCAUGGGGGAAGCAAGGUGAGUCGUUAAUAGCUCUAGCAGGUAGGGGAAAGGAGUGAGUUUAACACACGAUACAGGAAUGUAAGGAUAUAUACAUAUACCCUCAAUAGUAGUGCUAUUAAUGGAGAUCCAUCAGGGGUACAGACUGGGUUAACAGUAAUGUACUAAACCAGAAUUCCCCCUUCAAUAUCAGCCAGACAAUGGGCAAUACAAGAAACCCAGCUCUGAUCCUAGUCUAUGCUCGUGUCCUAUUUAUUCUUUCUUUCUCUCUCUUCCCUCCCUUUUUUCCCCUCCUCCUCAGUGGUAUCUCGCUCACUAGCUGAGGACGGAGAAUCUUACAUCCCUCUGGAAUACGUGAUGGCUUAAAGGGUUGACGAGUUGGAUAAUCGGUUGAUAUCAUGGAUUCCAUCUGAUGAUAUCGUAUAUUACUAUGCUUUCCAUGGUACUUCCUGCUAGGAAAGUUACUAUUGACAUGCAUGCCCAAACACCCAUCUUUCGAUAUACAGAGGCAACUUAGAACUUUUUAGAUGUUUUCCUUAUUAAUAACUAAUUCCGUGUCUGUCUGAGGCAUUACUGCAUGUGUUCACAUAAUUUUACCUGCUUUGUUCGAUUUAAAAAUAAAAAUAAAGAUUGUCUAAAACAAACAAAAAAAGAAACUCAGGACUAGCAGUGGGAUACGUUCAGUACGGAAUGACGGCAGAUCGGGAGCCACUAGGGGUCAGCUGACCUGCCGCAGCCCUAAGCUGACUUCAGGGUGGAUCUUCUUCUACACACUUGAAAUACAAAUUGCUAUGACCAUGGAUCUUCGUAAUAAAUUCAUAUGUUUAUAGAUUAUUGAUUUGUACAUCUAACAAAUUGGAGGGGACUUGAAGAAUCAUAGAGCAGCUUGUGCUUUAUGGCAGAGAACCGAGAAGGGUUCAAUGGAUAAUAUAUCAAGGGACAGUCAUGUUCCAAAUUAAAACACUGAUGGUUUUAAUAACAAUAUUAAUGAUAAUAAAGUAAACUCUAAUCUCCCAAGGACAGGUCCUGUUUAGUUUAAAAUGAAAGUGUUAUGUUCAUAUUGGUCGCAGUGUUUAGCAUGAUGUAUAGAUACUCGUACCUUGCCCAGGUAUAUGUUAUUAUUUUAUUUACUAUUAAUGUUUGGGGCAGAUUGCUUUAUAUUCUUUAUAUUCUGUUUUCCAGGUUCUUUUCAUCAAACCUUGUUUGUGGGAUCCAGUACCUCCAUUCCCGGGGGAUCCUUCAUCGGUCAGUAUUAGCGAUUAUUUAUUCAGUAAGCGGUAACUUACUCUAACAAGAAAUAAUGUGUUUAUAUCUCUGCUCUGUCCUAUAUCUCACCUUUAUAUCUGUCUUCAUCAUUUAGGGAUCUGAAGCCAGAUAAUAUUCUCCUGGGUGCCAACGGCUAUCUCAAAAUAGCUGACUUUGGUCUCUCAGCAGAAAAUAUCUUUACAGAUACAACAACCAGAGGACACGCUGGCACACUGCUUUACAUGGCGCCAGAGGUUAGUUAGAGGGUGUGGUUACGUGGAAUGUAGGGGGAGGAGUUACGAGGAGUGGUAUAAGAGCAAUGCAGUAGCUAAAGGGGUGUAUAACGAGCAGUAGAAGGAUGACUAACACGAGCUGGGUAUAAGGGCAGUAUCGGAGUAUUAAUGGAUGCACUGACAAGAACGCUAUUGGACUAGCCAAAUAAUAAAAAGAUGGGUAAUGUAUGAAGAUCUCUAGAAUGUGAUAGGUUUGGUACAUUUAAUACCAUAUUUAAUAAAAUUGCAUAUCUUAUGGGUUUUGCCAGGUACUCAGCAACAAACUGUACGGCCAAUCAGCAGACUGGUGGUCAUUUGGCGUAAUUCUCUGCCGCAUGAUCACCGGAAAGUUCCCAUUUAAUAACAAGCUCAGCAGACAGGAGUACAUCAAGGAAGUAUUAAACACUAACCCACGUUACCCCACCUGGCUGUGCAGCAAUCCUACAGACCUCCUGGACAAGGUAAGGUGAUAGAGAAUGUGCCGGUUAAUGUUUUAAUUGGAUGUAAUGAUAGGGGAUGUAAAGAAACAUUAAAGAAAAUACUGGUGGAGAUAUGGAGGGGGCGUUACUGGGAAUCGAUACUAGUUAUAUUUCUUGGAGUAUGUACUAAACAGGUUAAAGAACCAACUGGAAUAGUGAAAGUAACUUGUGUUCCGUGCUGAGAAGCUUCAGUAUUCCACAUUCAUGGCUGUCGCCCCCUUUUGCACGGUUUUGAUAGCGGCAUGGAGUGCUGGGGUGUUUAUCUAAUGACUGAAAUGAUUUAAAUCCUGAUGUUUAAUGGGUUAAUACUAACAUUUAAUAAUGAUGGCAGAUAAAAACACUGACAUUUAAUUUACAAUACGUAAUCCUAUUUAUUAAGGGUAAGAGUGGACUGGAGUGUCCUAGUGGGAGAGGUAACAUAAAAAGAAGAGGGGAAAAAAGCAGAGGGAAGCCAUACCUUUUAAUAAUCCUAGGGGAAAAACAAUAGUGUGGAAAAGUAUCAGAACCCUAAAACAGGACAAGGUGAGAGACAACUAGUUAUUAAUAUUAUCAGCGUAUAUAAUUGCGUACACGGAUACCCGUAGAAAUCCCCCAAAAUCUGCUUUUUCCCCCUCUUCUUUUUAUGUUAACUCUCCCACUAGGACACUCCAGUCCACUCUUAUCUUUACUUUGUACAUUGUGUGUUAUUCCCCAGAUUUAGGGAGAGUAACAGUGGGCAUCCUUUGGCACUGCUCCAUUGGUCCCUCAUUGUUUUGGGACUUCUGAUUCAGAGCCUGUUUUCUUCUUUUCAUUUAUUAAUCCUAUUUAUUACUCUCUGCCUGCAACCGACAGACGGAUCAUGCAGCCAUUUUAUGUUCCGAUUGGACAACACAAGAGGAAAUCUAAAUUAAAAAAACAUUAUUUACAAAAAAUUGGUUUGCUGGUCAGUCAUAUAAUCGAGAUUUUAGUUAAUGUAACACAUUUACCACAAACCUUUCACAAGCACUGCCUCAUCUGAGGUUUGUUAGAAGGUUAAAAUGGCGUCCUCCAUCAGAGGUGAUUGGUUUUGAAUGCAUUAAAGAUUGUAUAUCAAAGUGUUACAGUUCAGAGAUAUAAUGUAAAUUAUACUCAGUGUAUCCUCUCUAUCUCUCUCUCUCUCUUACUAGCUCCUGGAUAAGGAUCCUACUGAACGUGCUGUGGCAGGAAGGAACAUUCGGGGGCACCCCUUCUACACAAACAUUAAUUGGGAAGAUCUAGAGAGGGGCAAAGUGACCUGUCCAUUCUUGUCAUUGCUGGUAAGUACACAAAUAAUCAGUAUUUACAAACUGAGGAAAGAUUAUACAGAAUAAUAACUCCACCACAAAAGCAUGAAAACUGAUUUCUUGAUCCACCAGUAAUCAUAUCCAAGAGGGUGCUCCAUUUAACAAGAACUGACUUAAUUUAUAUAUGUAUUUAUUUAUUAAUUGCUAACACUGUUGAUCAUGUUCUACUUCUUCAAACUCUUCAAUCACUCUGUGUCUCUGUGACACUGUCCUCUCGUGGUUUUCCUCCUAUCUGUCCCAAUGCUCAUUCAGUGUCUCCUUUUCUAAUGACACUUCCUCCCUUCGUCCUGUCUCGGUUGGAGUCACCCAAGGCUCUGUCCUUGAUCCCCUUCUAUUUUCUUUUUAUACUGCAUCUCUUGGCAAACUUAUUACCUCAUUUGGAUUCCACUACCAACUAUACGCCGAUGACACCAAGAUAUAUCUCUCCUCAGUAGGUGUAUCUGGUUUGUGCUGCCCUAGGCAGGACAAAACUCAAACACCACGUACUUUACUGGCGGCAGCCUUCCCCUGCUCCGCCUUCUAAAUACCACACACACAUUCACUGGCAAGAUACGCAUUCACUAGCUAGCAAGAAACGCACAGUCACUAACAGACACACACUCACACUCACUAACUGGGCACACACACUCACAGGGCAAACACACACACUAACAGGCAAACACACACACUAACAGACAUCCCACACUGUGAACACACACACCUAACAUAACAUACAUACUAACAUUACUAACAUACACACUAACAUAACAGACAUCCACACUAACACUAACAUACAUACACUAACAUUAACAUACACACUAACACUAACAGACACACACACUAACACUAACAUACACACACUAACAUACACACUAACAGACACAAACACUAACAUACACACUAACAUACACACACUAACAGACACACUAACAUACACACACUAACAGACAUCCACACACUAACAGACAUCCACACACUAACAUACAUGCACACACUAACACACACACUAACAUACACACACACUAACAGACACAAACACUAACAUACACACACUAACAGACACACUAACAUACACACACUAACAGACAUCCACACACACACACACACACACUAACAUACACACACUAACACACACACAUACUAACAGACACAAACACUAACAUACACACACUAACAGACACACUAACAUACACACACUAACAGACACACUAACAUACACACACUAACAGACAUCCACACACACACACACUAACAUACAUACACACACUAACACUAACAUACAUACACAUACACACUAACAGACUUCCACACACACACACUAGUGGUUUUUUUUUUGGUUUUUUAUUUAACCCCCCCCAGCCUCCUUACCUUUGGUAAUGCUGGGGGGGUUCUUCCUCUCCCUGGGGUCCAGUGGCCGCCGAGGGAGCUCUUCCCCUGAGCGCUCUGCUCUGCUCAGCUCCCUCGCUGCCAGCAGAGUGAGGCUGGGAGCCGGGUUGAUGACGUCAUCAUCCCCGGGUCCCGGCCUCACUCUGCUGGCGGCGCGCGAGGGAGCUGAGCAGAGCGCUCAGGGGAAGAGCUCCCUCGCCGGCCGCCCGCCCAGCGCUGCAGCCACUGCCACCCAGCGCCCAGAAUGUCUGUUAGCCGCGAGGCUAACAAGACAUUUACCUUGGGCAUUUGGGGGGCGGCGUUUUUUGCCGCCCCCUGAAAAAUGCCGCCCAAGGCAAAUGCCUUGUUUGCCUCGCGGCUAAUACGCCCCUGCUCUCCUCCCCGUACCUCUCCCUGCCAUCAUGCAAUGUGUCACUGCUUGCCCUUCUUCCAUCUCUGACUGCAUGUCCUUCCACUUUCUGAAACUCAAUCUCUCUAAAACUGAACUUCUUGUCUUUCCUCCUACUAAUAUUGAUUAUCCUCUCUCACUUUCCCUUCAAGUUGAUGGAACCCACAUCAGUCCAUCCUUGCAAGCGCACUGUCUUGGCAUCAUACUUGAUUCUGGCCUCACCUUUUACCAAAUCCUGUAGAUUCCAUCUUAAAAACAUAGUCCGCAUGCGCUUCUUUCAUACGCAAGAUGCUACCAAGCAGCUUGUCCAUGCUCUAGUAAUCUCUUUCAUGGAUUAUUGUAACCCUCUCCUAAUUGGUCUUCCCAAAAGCCGUAUUGCCCUGCUACAGUCUGUAAUGAAUAUUGCUGCCAGACUGAUUUUCCUCUCUAGUCGGUCCUCUGACACCUCACCCCUCUGACAGUUUUUACAUUGACUUCCUGUAUCCUAUAGGAAUUAAUUCAAAGUACUAAUCCAUACCAAUAAAGCAUUGAACAAUUCUAUAGCCUCCUACAUCUCCUCACAGAUCCGUCAGUAUGCCCCUUCUCGAUCUCUACGCUCUGCCCAAGACCUUCACCUGUCACGCUUGCAGGACUUCUCACGGGUGGCUCCUUUCCUUAGGAAUAGCCUGUCUACCCCCAUCAGAUUCUCCCUUAGUCUUCAAUCUUUAAAAAGUGCCUUAAAACCCAUCACACUAGGAAAGCGUAUGGCCUCCCAGAUGAACCUCAACCUCACAUACCUGUCCCUUGCUCUCUCCUAAAAGGCAGCACUCUAUCUCUCCUCCAGUUUUGCUUCAUUCCUACCCUUUUUGAUUGCUAUAUCCUGUUGUAUUGUGUUUUAUACCCCACCUAUCAUUCCUGUAAGUUUUUGUAAUUAUCUUACUUAUUGUUAAAUACUCCCUCUUAUAAUAUGGUAAAGCAGUACGGAAUCUAUUGGCACUAUAUAAAUGCCAAUAAUAAUAAUUGCUCCCCACCAUUACUGUGACCAUAAUACACAGUACGUUCAUAUUAUUAUGUAAGAAAUAGGCAAUGCCAGAUGAUGCUAAACUAAUUACAUAUCACUUCUUGUUGCAGACACCGUAUCAAGAGACAGACACCACAGAAGAAUUAAUUUUUUUCUGCUAAGUAACACCUCUUUUUUUCAAGACUAAGUCAUCCAUGGCCUGUCCUUCACAAUCUAGGAAUAUCGGUAAUGAAAGAAAAGAAAAGAUGUCCAGCAAAGAAGAUGGUGACGGCCACAUGUUGGUCAAACUAUAGCAGCAAUUUGAACAUCAGAAAGACCAUGUUCUCCUAUGGUAUGUGUGUAUCUGUAUGUCUUUGCAUCCAAAUCCUGUAGAUUCCAUCUUAAAAACAUAGCCUGCAUCCGCCUCUAUCUUACGCAAGAUGCUACUAAGGACCUUGUCCUUGUCUAGUAAUCUCUCGCAUGGAUUAUUGUAACCCUCUCCUAAUUGGUCUUCCCAAAAGCCACAUUGCCCCACUACAGUCUGUAAUGAAUGUUGCUGCCAGACUGAUUUUCCUCUCCAGUCGCUCCUCUCACACCUCUCCCACAUGUCAUUCCUUACAUUGGAUUCCUGUAUCCUGUAGGAGUCAAUUCAAAGUACUAACCCAUACCUAUAAGCAUUGAACAAUUCUAUCCCCUCCUACAUCUCCUCACAGAUCCGUAGGUAUGCCCCUUCUCAAUCUCUAUGCUCUACCCAUGACCUUCUCCUGUCUGCUGCUUGCACCUGUAAGGCCAAUUUACGCUUGCAGGACUUCUCGCAGGUGGUGUAACGUUCACUAGGAAACCCUAACAUGCAGACAGGACAGAGUAGAGAGAAUUGAAAUACCGAUCCUUAGAAUGGUCAGGUUAUGCAAAAAGGGAUAGUCAAAACAUGAACCGAGGUCAAGGGAAACAAAGACAUGGAAUAACGAGAGACAAAGCCAAAUAUCAGUAACCAGGAAAUCCAAAUAACAAGUGCAAUGCUCAAUGGUAAACCAAAGACCACAACAGGGCACUGAGGCAAGGGAGAGGUUAGCUUAUAUACACACAGGGUGUGUCUGAUUGGCUAAUCUCCAAUUAGUGUUAAAUACAACACGUAGGAGGUGUUUCUUCCCUCCCUUGUGGUCUCUGAGGCCAUCACUGUGUGCCGGGUCACAUGACCGGGUGCAGCACACAUAUAAGGAAGCUGCUCUGGAGCGUGCAGUGUCAGACACACUGCCAGUCUGGAGACAGGGACCAGAUGACGUUGCUCGCUGUGAUGAGGUAAGCAAGGUCACCGCGAGCAGCGCGGGGGCAGGGGACCUGACAGGUGGCUCCUUUCCUUUGGAAUAGCCUGUCUACCACCAUCAGACUCUCCCCUACCUCACAUACAUGUCUAUUGCUCUCUCCUAAAGGGUAGCACUCUAUCUCUCCUCCAGUUUUGCUUCACUCCUACCCUUUUUGAUUGCUAUCUCCUGUCGUUUUGUGUUUUACACCCCACCUCCUAUAGACUGUAAGUUCAUUUGUGCAGGGUCCCCUUCAACAUAUCAUUCCUGUAAGUUUUUGUAAUUGUCUUACUUAUUGUUAAAUACCCCUUCUUAUAAUAUUGUAAAGCGGUACGGAAUCUAUUGGCGCUAUAUAAAUGCCAAUAAUAAUAAUAAUUGCCCCCCACCAUCACUGUGACCAUAAUAAGCUGUACAUUCUUAUUUAUAAGUAAGAAGUAGGCAAUGCCAUAUGAUGCUAAACUAAUUACAUAUCACUUCUUGUUGCAGACACCGUAUCAAGAGACAGACACCACAGAAGAAUUUUAUUUUUUCUGCUAAGUAACACCUUUUUAUUUGAAGACUAAGUCAUCCAUGGCCUGUCCUUCACAAUCUAGGGAUGCUGGGAAUUUAUCUGUGUGUCUUUGCAUCUAUAUGUAUGUCAGUGUGUGUAUCUGUAUGUGUGUCACUGUGUGUAUCUAUGUAUCUUUCUGUGUAUCUGUGAAACUGUGUGUGUCAGUGUGUGCAUCUCUGUGUCUUUCUGUGUGUCUGUGAAACUGUGUGUGUGUGUCAGUGUGUAUAUCUCUGUGUUUUUUUGUGUCUGUGAAACUGUGUGCGUGUCAUUGUGUGUAUAUCUGUGUCUUUCUGUGUGUCUGUGAAACUGUGUGUGUGUGUGUGUAUAUAUAUCUGUGUCUUUCUGUGAAACUGUGUGUGUGUCAGUGUGUGUGUAUCUAUGUGUCUUUCUCUGUGUCUGUGAAAUGGUGUGUGUGUCAGUGUAUCUAUCUAUGUGUGGGUCUGGGUAUUACACAAGUAAUCCACUGCUUUCAAAUGGCAAUAGUACAUAAAAACACACAACACUACAUACAAAUACACCCUUACAUUCACUCACACAUUCACCAUACAAAAACAUGCUUACAUUCAAACACACAAACACUGCUCAGUGCUAAAUACAACCCUGUAAGAAUGGGCAAAUGGUUGAUCCCUAGCUUGCAAAGCAUUGUGAGAGCAAAAAAAAAUUCUUGCACCAGGACCACCUCCAUAUUAGAUCUGCAUGUGGGCCUUGUGCCAACUACUGUUAUAUUGUAAAUAAAUAAAUACAAAUAUUUUUGUGUAUGUUUUGUUUUGCUAGUUCUGGCUACACAUUCUUCAUUGCACACCUGUACUGUUAUGCUAACAUAUUGUUCAUUCUACAUGGUUCAUUCUAUAUUGAAUUAAUGUUGAUAAUCUUUUGUUUAUAUGGUUUUGAAGGUUAGGGCAUUUUAUGAUAAUCUUCUCCAUUUCAGUUUGCUAGUUAGAUGACAUUACUAUUUAAUAUACUUUUGGGAUAUGCGUUACAAUUUCCGAGAUAAUUUGGUCGGGGUGAGCCAGGGGUCAGUUGCACCUGGAUGCAGGAUGUUUUUAGUUACCUAUGUGGAUGUGAUUAAAUCAGCCCUCCCUUUGCUCACCCCCUUAUAGCUUUAUAGCUGAAUAGGAGAAUGUUUCCAGAUGAGUUACAAGGAUACAUUAUGUAAUUUAGAUUUAAACCAGUUUGGAGUUAAAUCAUUGACUAUAUGAGAAUCAUGUGUCCAGGCUGGUUGUAGGUGACCUGGAGGUAGGUGGGAAUGUCCAGGCUGGGUGUAGGUGACUGGAAGGUAGGUGGGAAUAUCCAGGCUGGGUGUAGGUGACUGGAAGGUGGGUGGGGAUGUCCAGGCUGGGUGUAGGUGACCCGGAGGUGGGAAUGUCCAGGCUGGUUGUAGGUGACCUGGAGGUGGGUGGGAAUGUCCAGGCUGGUUGUAGGUGACUGGAAGGUGGGUGGGGAUGUCCAGGCUAGGUGUAGGUGACAUAGAGGUAGGUGAGAAUAUCCAGGCUGGGUGUAGGUGACUGGAAGGUGGGUGGGGAUGUACAGGUUGGGUGUAAAUGAUGGGAGAGGGAUUUAAUGAGGUGAAGGGACAUACACUGAUCAGCCACAACAUUGAUUAUAUCAUUACAAUGCCACCUGUCAAGGGGUGGGAUAUUGGGCAGCAAGUGAACAGUCAAUUCUUGAAUUUCAUGUGUUGGCAGGAGGGAAAAUGGACAAGAGAAAAGAUCUGAGGACUUUGACAAAGACCAAAAGGCUAGACAGCUGGGUCAGAGCAUCUCCAAAGGGCAAGUUUUGGGUGAUUGGGUGUUCCCGGUAUGCAGUGGUUAGUACUAACCCCAUAUGGUGCAAGGAAGGACAACCGGUGAACCAGCAUCAUGGUCAUGGGCACCCAAGGAUCAUCUCCCCAUUUUAACCUUUAGAUUGUAAGCUGACGGGCAGGGUCCUCUACCUGUUGUAUUGGUUUGUUCUUAUUAUGUUUGUCUUUUUCCCAAUCGUACAGCACUGCAGAAUAUGUUGGCGCUUUAUAAAUGCCAGUAAUAAAUAAAUAAAUUGAUGCCCGUCUGGUCCGAUCACAUAGGUGAGCUACUGAAACUCAAAUUGCUGGAAAUCGUAAUGUUGGCCACCAGAAAGGUGUCAGAACAUACAGUGCAUCACAGUUUGCUGCAUAUGAGGCUACGUAGCUGCAGACCGGUCAUGAUGUGCCCUGUCCCCAUCCAAAAGUGCUUUAGGGGACAAUUAACUAAAUAUUGUUCAAAUUAACCCAGGGUUCACCAUACCCUAAAUUAACUACAAAGAUAUAACCUAGCUAACAGUAUAGCAGGAUGGUCAGGAGAAAUAGCUUAGAGUGGGAUAAAAUGCUGAAUAGAAAUUAAAAAUAUAGAGAUAUCAAUAUAAAUACAAAUAUAGAUCAAUUAUUGGGGUAUAGCAACAUCUUAAAAUAGAAUAAAAUACAUGUCCAUUAUAUUAAAUAUUAAUACCACAAAUUAAAAUGAAUUGAAAUUAAUAUUUAAGUCCAGAAAGUCCACAAAAUAUUAGGGCAAAAUGGAGCCUCUUAGGAUAAAUAGAACCUGAAUAUAAUGGCCAGAUGGUUAAUGCCACAAAAGCAUUGUAAAUCCAGGCUCACAUUAAACUAUCACAUAACAUAUUAUCUAUACCUUGAGGCCGGGAGGAGGGAGGAGAGCUUGUCUUUUUAUAUUUAUUUUUAGCCCAAGCAUCACCCUUGAUGAAGGCUAUUCAGGCCGAAACAUUGGGGGCUUCUGGUGUCAUUUUAUCACAAUGUAUCUACACAAGGAGGUAAAACACUUAGUACAGGAGUUUUUUAUAUUUAUUUUUCAGUCAUUUAUUACAUGUAUUGAUUUAACACACAGACAUUAUACUCUGCAUCCUUCUGUAUAUAUAGACUAUACUGAGGAAUUUAUAACUUACUGCUUCCAUAUCCCUGUGAUUUGUACAUAUAUGUGUCUAUAUAUCAAUUUGGAUUUUAAUAAAAUUAUGGUACGAUUUAAAGUUUAUUUUUAUUUAAGAAAUUGGGUGGGCAGUUGGUCUUUGUAUAUAGUUUAAUGUUAGCCUGAAUUUACCGGAGCGAUCUGGGUCUCUAUAACUCACCCACAGAGCUACCAGCUCAAUAUGCUCAUUACUGCGGAGGUUUAGCGUUAGUGUCAGUAUCUGUUCAGUAUUACCAGGAAGGUCCAUUUAGCAGGUCCAAUAACAGAUUGUGAUGGUGUCCGUAUCUGUCCAGUAUUUCCAGGAAGGUCCAUUUAGCAGAUCCAAUAAUGGAUUGUGAUGGUGUCCGUAUCUGUCCAGUAUUGUGAUGGUGUCCGUAUCUGUCCAGUAUUUCCAAGAAGGUCCAUUUAGCAGAUCCAAUAACGGAUUGUGAUGGUGUCCGUAUCUGUCCAGUAUUUCCAGGAAGGUCCAUUGAGCAGAUCAAAUAACGGCCUGUGAUGGUGUCCUCUGUCCAGUAUUUCCAGGAAGGUCCAUUUAGCAGAUCCAAUAACGGCCUGUGAUGGUGUCCGUAUCUGUCCAGUAUUUCCAGGAAGGUCCAUUUAGCAGAUCCAAUAACGGCCUGUGAUGGUGUCCGCAUCUGUCCAGUAUUUCCAGGUAUGUCCAUUUAGCAGAUCCAAUAACGUAUUGUGAUGGUGUCCGUAUCUGUCCAGUAUUUCCAGGAAGGUCCAUUUAGCAGAGCCUCCCAUAGCGGGUAAUGAUGGUGAACGAUACCGGAUGCCAGUUACAUGGGGGGAAUCAUGGCGGCCAGUUUAGGAGAGGCAGUCAGGCGGCUUGGCCCACUAUCUCCUGUCGGGGGUUUAUCGGGAGUUUAUUGGGGGUCUCUGAGGUUGUGGAGUAAGAUUUUGGUGGUUGCCAAUGCUGUGAUGAUUCGGUGAUUUCCCCGACCUGCUGUUUAGCUGGAGAGCAUUGCCGUCUGCUCUGACAUUAUGGCCGUCCCAGCGGCGAUCCCAUCGUACAUUGUACGUGCAGCAUUGAGUACAUUUCUCUAUUUCACUUGGCUUUGGUUCCUCUGGGGCCUGCUGUGGGUUAGCAGCGAUGGGGUGGUGGCUUCAUUAAUUCAUGUUGUCAUGGUAACCAUUACAUGUGGGCACUGUGUCAGCCACUGGUAUAGUUUAAAUAAAUAAAACAUUGUGUGUGCUGCCGCCAUUUUGUUCUCCUCCCUCCAUAUUGUCUGCUGUCUGCCUUCUGCCGGACUGAUUUCACUGAUGGAUUGUGGGUAAAUCUGCAACUGAAAUGGAAUGCUGUUUAAGCUCCGCCCAUCACCAACAUUUACCAAAGAUCCCGCCGCCAUCAGAAAAAAUAAUCCCUUCUAAUGUGUAAAUAAAAAAACUACGGUGAAUUAAAAAUAAACAAAAGCACAGAAAAUACAGAGACUGACAAUGAUUGAUUUAAUAACCAAGAAAGCAAAAGGAUGCACAACACAAAUAAAUAGUCAUGUGUCAUUAUUUAAAGAGACAGCACAUGUAAAACAACCAUAACAACAUACAUACAAAGUCUAUACAAUAAAGUGAGCAGGGCUUUCUCACACUGGGGUUGUUUCUGACACGUGUCCAGCUCUGAUUGGCUUAAUGGAAGUUAUUAUCAGUAUUGUCCUUCUGAUUUAGUCUUGGUCAGAUUUUUGGAAAUAUUUUGUACACUGUCAUAACGGUUAGCUGCUGUCUCUUUAAAUGAUUAAUAAUACAGAUUAAGGAACAGCUCACACAUAAAAAUACAGUUUUCAAUUUUAGAAAGUCACCUAAAUUACCAAACAAAUAUGGGGAUUCAGUUCCACCAUACGGCCAUAUUGUGUUACACCCACCACUACGUCACAGUAUUUUAAUAUCGGUGGGUCCUACACUAAUAUAUAAAUAUAAUGCUAAAUUAAUGGGAUAAAAAAAAACACAAUUCAAAAAAACAGAGCAGGAGUAGCCAAAAAAAAAAGUUUCUACCAUGACUCUCAGCUCCCUGUUGGAUGGGGAUCCUGAGACUUAUAAAACUGGAAUUAGAAAAUAUUAGUUUCUCCAUUACUGACUGGUUCAAAAACGUAUUUAAACUUUUUCCACAGAUUUAACUAUUAUGAUUUCUGAAAACGAGUGCAGAAUUAGCCAGAGAAGUAAAUCUAAAAAUGAUUCGAUUUACUUAUCCUAUCUUUGAAAAUCCCUUGUAAGCCAAUGGGUUUCAUCUAUUUCGGCAUUUAUAGAUCACAUAUUGCAAUGAGCACAUUCGUGUUUCAAUUUUAGAAUUUUUCAAAUUUUGGUAAUAAGUUACUAUAAUGUAAGUAGCAAUCACGUUGACCAAAACUUCCCCACAAAAUGAUAUAAUACAGUAUGAAAUGUGAAAUCCAAAUAAUGCCACUUUAUCCACUAAAAUCUGUCAUAUUGUCUUGUAAUAGUUUAUGUUUGUGUGUUUUUCACACAUAAUUUACGUUGGGAGACAAAUUAUUGUUAGUUAUGAAAAUUCAAUGGUAUAAGCAUGUCUAGAGGGGACCGCCCCUCACUCAUAAUGAUUUGCUAAAUCUUCCGAGAGAUCGCUGAUUUAUAUCACAAAUUCAAAUUACUGCACAGAUGCAUAAUAUUGUGUCGUUUUGGGUUAUUAUUGCAGUACAGGGCACAGUAAUAGCAUGGGGUAUAGUGAACUCUGUGCAGUAAUCCUAUGUCAUUAAAUUACUGAAUCGGGAUUUAAGGUUAGGGAGUUUAGAAAGUACUUUGUUUAAAACCCAGUAAACUACAAUUAUACAGCUGGCUACCACAAUAAAAAUACCAGCUUUCAAUAUGGUUUGAACUGUAUCCUGUCUGAGAGUGAUGGGAGUUAUACUCCACAUCUUCUUUAUAACCGGCUUGUAAUUAAUGACAAUGUGCACGGUAACUAACAAUUAGACUUGGGCAUGGGAGACAUUUUUGUUUUUAUUGGUUUAGACAGGGAGCACAGAACUGGUUGUUAGCAGAGUAAGGUUGGCAGCACAGCUAAUGCCCCUCUAGGUGAAGCCUUUGUGGCAUGCCUCAAAUUCUGCAGGUUUCCACACAUCACCAACGCUAUCAGACACUACGAAAUCCUCGAUUGGUCCUGAGAAUUUAAGGUUAAAAACACCAGUAACAUUGUAGCUCAAAUGAAGUUUGAUUAAAGACCCAAACUGAUCAACAGUCAGCCCUGAAAAACAUAUAUUUGUGAAAAAAUUAAUAAUAAAUGUCAUUUUUGGAUUUAAUCUGGAUGUAUGUGUGAUGUUUGUGUCUAUCUGUGUCUAUAUUAUUAUUAUUAUUAUUUUAUUAUUUAUAUAGUGCCAUCAAAUUUAUAUCACUGGAUGUAUUUAUAUGUUUGUUUAUGUGGCCAGGAGGCAUGUAUGUGCUUGUAUGUGCGUGUGUGUGUGUGUGUGCAAGUGUGCGUGUCUGUGUGUGUUUGUGUGUGUCUGUGUGUGUGUGUUUGUGUGUGUCUGUGUGUGCGUGUGUGUCUGUGUGUGUGUGCGUGUGUGUCUGUGUGUGUGCUUGUAUGUGUAUGUGUGUGUGUGUGUGUGUACUUGGGUAUCACUAUUUUGGGAGCACCCAUGAAGGGUUUAAUGUAAAAUAAAAAAAACAACAAAAGUUAGGGUGUGUUGUUAGUAUAUAGCAGAUAAUUACUGGCAAAACACAACUUUCAUAGCACAGACUGAAGGGACCCGCACAGUGUCUUUAUUAUUUAGAGAUUGAUUGAUUCAUUAAUUGAAUGAAAAUAACUCAGUCACAUCUCCCUGUCACCCUUAUAGAGCAGGAGUAUCCAAAAAAGGUUUCUACCAUGACUCCUAGUUCACUGUUGGAUGGGGAUCCUGAGACUUAUAAAACUGGGAUAAGAUAAUAUUAGUUUCUCCAUUACUGACUGGUUCAUAUCUCCAUAUAUGGUCAGGUGUAGUGACAUCGUAAACACUCUGACAUCAUCCGAUGAAACAAUCAAUGUCAAACUCACCUACCCUCAGAGUGACUGGACACCUUGCGAGUGGACAGUGGCUACUGCAUUGCUUGAGUGAGAUUUGCAAUAAUUUAUUUAUUGUUACUAAUAUUAAUUAGCUGAUUGCUAAAUAUAUUUGUGAAUUUGAAAGCAAUAGAUUCAUACAGUAUAAUAUAAGCAUGAAGAGAACAAGAAAGCGUUCUCAUAAGAAAACUGAGGUAAGUCAGGAAAAUUCUGACGAAUUUAAAAACAAAUAUAGAAAACUUAGUAACGGCUCAAAAGAGCACGAACAGCAGAUAUCUCCUGGAGAUUCCAGGAGAAAGAGAAGUAGGAGCUGCAAUGAGCAGGACAUUGAGAGAGGGAGAGAUCCCAAAAGACGGCUCCUUGCUGAGGAACGCAUCAGAUAUCAAGGUCAGAAAAGAUACAGGACCUCUAGUCAUGAUGAAGAGGAGCAGCUUAUGCAGAAAAGACCAAAGCUCUCCUCAUCUCCAAAACUGGAUCAGAAAAGUGAGAGAAAGUCUGCUGUAAAGAGCGAUCAGACAUCUCCACCCAGAAAGCAAGCCCUGAAACGAAGCAGGGAAUACGAUCAUGGGGAGCAGCUCAUGCAGAAAAGACCAAAGCUCUCCUCCUCACCAAAACUGGGUCAGAAAAGUGAGAGAAAAUCUGCUGGAAAAAGCAGUCAGACAUCUCCACCCAGAAAACAAGCCCUGAAAAGAAGCAGUGAAUAUGAUGAGGAGGAGAAGGAACAAGUUAGGCAGAAAAAGAUAAAGAUCUCCUCUGGAAAGCAGGAAGAGGAGAAAAGAGAUGAAGAGGAGAUAGGAGAGAAAAAGUGCUUUAAGAAAGAAAACAAGUCAACGAGCGACGAUGAAUGUGUGGCAGGUAAGAUGAACCUACAAGCUUUUAAAGAGAUUGGUCAAUUUAAAAUAUAAGAGAUUUUUCCCUCAAUUGACCAUACUCUGAACCCAUUCACUGUCUCUCUUUAAUCACUAUCUCCCGUACUUCGGUGACCAUGAGUGUUCAGGUGAUGGUUUUUUAAACUAUAAUGGUACAGACCAAUAUUUCAAGACCUUUGAUAUAUCUAGAAUAUUUAUCCAUCCAUUAGGAAUUAGCCAAUGAUAUUCAUGGCUAAUGUACCACAAACUAUAAAGUCUUUUUAAUGAAAUGGUCCAUGAUGUGAUAUUUACAAACAAUAUUAUUAUUUCAUAUAACUGGGUGGGAUCGGAAGAUUUGUAGGGUGAAUCAGGGGUACUAGAGAAAUUAAGUUGGUUCCUGUGUUUAUGUUGAAGUGGAGACUAAUAUUAUGUGUUCAUUCUUUAAGGAGUAAGUGGACAGUCUGUGGUUGAACCAAAGAAGUCACUGCCUCUGUCAUUCACCGGUUACAGAUUCCACAAAGUGCUGGGACAGGGGAGUUAUGGAAAGGUGAGUCAACGAGCAAUGUAUACACCUUAUUUAAUACAUCUAUUGAUUUAGUAGGGAACGAUUAUAACUCUCAUAAUCAUCAUUAUCUUCCUAUAACAAUUAGUUGAGAUUAACUUUCUUGUAAAUCAGUGUAUCAUCCAUGAAUGUGGAAAACAUAUUAACAUCUGCAAAGUAUUUAGAACAUUUUAUUGAGACUCCAAAAAUAAUCGACAGGACUCUUCUAUUAUGGGAUGUUUAACAUGGCUUAUUAUACUAACAGUUCUAUUAAAUCUUCUCAAAUUAUUUUUAUUAAACAAUUAUUGAAAAACAUAUUGAUAACAAUAUGGAACAAAAAUCUAAGAAAAGUAAACAAUCGAGUUAUGAAUAAUGAAAAGCAGGUGAGGGGAAAACAUAAAUAAAAGAAGGUGAUAGGUUUCAUCCAUAGAUACAUGAAAUACAAUUCUAAAAGUUGCACAAAAUACUAUGUGGAGUUCUAUUGAAUCUUUGUAUCUUUCUCUAAACUCUGAUUAUUCACAUUAGAAUUACAGACAUAGGUCUGAAUUUAAUAUUUGGGUAAGCUUUUCAAAUGAUCACAAUCUCUUUGCAAAUUAUUCAUCUACUGAAGUCAUAACAGGCUAUAGGAAAAUACACAUUUAUAAACAUUUAUAUAUAUCAUUAUGAUUGUCAUUCUGUUUAUCAAAUAUAAAGGGACUUUAAAUGACUUUUAGUUAGGGAAGAUUUUACAUGUGCGGGAGGUCGUUCUGUGUGUGUAUAUAUAUGUAUAUAUAUAUAUAUAUAUCCCUAUAUAUUUGUAUUAGGUAGACUCAGCUAGUGUAUAUAUAUGUAUAUAUUAUAGAAGUAGGUCAGCAGCUAAAGUAUAUAUAUGAUAUAUGGGUUUUAUAGAGAAGCUCUUAAAAAUAUAUAUCCCUGAUAUAGGGUGCGUCUGGAGGUCCCAGAGAGCCAGUAUAUAUCCUGAUAUAUAUCAAUGAUGGUCCCCAAGCUAUUGUAUACAAAUCGAUAUAAAAGUUCACAAGGGUUCAGUUUAUAAUAUAUAUAUGAUAUAGAUCAUAUCUAGGUCCCCCAGCUAAUGAUUAAAUCAGCAUAUAGGGGUUCUCUUAGGUUCCAGAGGGUUAUAUAUCUCUUAUACUGUCAGGGUACCUAUUUGGAAAAGUUUUUUGCAGUUUUUAUGUUAGGCAAAAGAUAAUUGGGGUGAAUAUCAAAAAAAUAUUUGAAAAGUGAAUAUUUUUGGUGUGUAUUUUAAUUUGUUUUUUGUUUAUUUUAAUUUUGUGUGUUAGGUGUGUUCCAAAGUCAUUUACAGCUGUUAUUUUCAACUUAGUUUGUUUUUUUAUCCAUUUAUACCUUGUAAACCAAUAUAACAUCAAACAUCAACAAAUAUACAUUUCUACAUUCAAAAAAACAAAAACAAAUCGUGACCAAUACCACCUUUCUUUGCAAACACUCAAAAGCCUGCCAUCCAUGGAUUGUAGGUUUUGAUCUGUUCCAUCAACAACAACACAGACCACAGCCUCCCAGACACUGUCAGAGAGGUACUUUUUUCCCUUGUCAUCAUUGUCAUUUACAGGUUCUCACCAAACCAUUCAGAACAAGGCAGCCAAUGUCAUUUUUCUCUUUUUACCCUUUUCAAAACAAACGCUGGGAGUAGUUGGCUGUUGAUCCACCUUUCAUUGCCUUUUUGAAGGAUGCUGUGGAUGUUCCACUGCUUGAAGAAGGUGUCUUCCAGGAACUGGAAGGACUGGGAGUUGAGCUUGACUCCACCUCAACCGAAAAGGCCCCACAAGCUCAUUUGAUGAUACCAGCCCAAACCAGUACUCCACCUCCACCUUGCUGGCGCCUGAGUCGGACUGGAGCUCUCUGCCCUUUACCAAUCCAGCCACGGGCCCAUCCAUCUGGCCCAUCAAGACUCACUCUCAUUUCAUCAGUCCAUAAAACCUUAGAAAAGUCAGUCUUGAGAUAUUUCUUGGCCCAGUCUUGACGUUUCAGCUUGUGUGUCUUGUUCAGUGGUGGUCGUCUUUCAGCCUUUCUUACCUUGGCCAUGUCUCUGAGUAUUGCACACCUUGUGCUUUUGGGCACUCCAGUGAUGUUGCAGCUCUGAAAUAUGGCCAAACUGGUGGCAAGUGGCAUCGUGGCAGCUGCACGCUUGACUUUUCUCAGUUCAUGGGCAGUUAUUUUGCGCCUUGGUUUUUCCACACGCUUCUUGCGACCCUGUUGACUAUUUUGAAUGAAACGCUUGAUUGUUCGAUGAUCACGCUUCAGAAGCUUUGCAAUUUUAACAGUGCUGCAUCCCUCUGCAAGAUAUCUCACUAUUUUUGACUUUUCUGAGCCUGUCAAGUCCUUCUUUUGACCCAUUUUGCCAAAGGAAAGGAAGUUGCCUAAUAAUUAUGCACACCUGAUAUAGGGUGUUGAUGUCAUUAGACCACACCCCUUCUCAUUACAGAGAUGCACAUCACCUAAUAUGCUUAAUUGGUAGUAGGCUUUCGAGCCUAUACAGCUUGGAGUAAGACAACAUGCAUAAAGAGGAUGAUGUGGUCAAAAUACUCAUUUGCCUAAUAAUUCUGCACUCCCUGUAUAGUGUUCUCAGGUUGGUCCCAGAGCUAUGUAUAUAUAUCCCUUAUAUAGGGUUCUCAGGUUGAUCCCAGAGCUGUGUAUAUAUAUCCCUGAUAUAGGGUUUUCAGGUAGGUCCCAGAGCUAUGUAUAUAUAUCCCUAAAAUAGUGUUCUCAGGUAGGUACCAGAGCUGUGUAUAUAAAUCCCUGAUAUAGGGUUCUCAGGUAGGUCCCAGAGCUAUGUAUAUAUAUAUCCCUGAUAUAGGGUUCUCAGGUAGGUCCCAGAGCUCUGUAUAUAUAUCCCUGAUAUACGGUUCUCAGGUAGGUCCCAGAGCUAUGAAUAUAUAUCCCUGAUAUAGGGUUCACAGGUAGAUCCCAGAGAUAUGUAUAUAUAUCCCUGAUAUAGGGUUCACAGAUAGGUCCCAGAGCUAUGUAUAUAUAUCCCUGAAAUAGGGUUCUCAGGUAGGUCCCAGAGCUAUGUAUAAAUAUCCCUGAUAUAGGGUUCUCAGGUAGGUCCCAGAGCUAUGUAUAUAUAUCUCUGAUAUAGUGUUCUCAGGUUGGUCCCAGAGCUAUGUAUAUAUAUCCCUUAUAUAGGGUUCUCAGGUUGAUCCCAGAGCUGUGUAUAUAUAUCCCUGAUAUAGGGUUUUCAGGUAGGUCCCAGAGCUAUGUAUAUAUAUCUCUGAUAUAGUGUUCUUGGGUUGGUCCCAGAGCUGUGUAUAUAUAUCCCUGAUAUAGGGUUCUCAGGUAGGUCCCAGAGCUAUGUAUAUAUAUCUCUAAAAUAGGGUUCUUAGGUAGGUACCAGAGCUGUGUAUAUAAAUCCCUGAUAUAUGGUUCUCAGGUAGGUCCCAGAGCUGUGUGUAUAUAUAUAUCCCUAUAAUAGGGUUCUCAGGUAGGUCCCAGAGCUAUGUAUAUAUAUCCCUGAUAUACGGUUCUCAGGUAGGUCCCAGAGCUAUGUAUAUCAGGUUCUCAGGUUGGUCCCAGAGCUAUCUAUAUCCCUGAUAUAGGGUUCUCAGGUAGGUCCCAGAGCUAUGUAUAUAUAUCCCUGAUAUAGGGUUCUCAGGUAGGUACCAGAGCUGUGUAUAUAUAUCCCUGAUAUAGGGUUCUCAGGUAGGUCCCAGAGCUGUGUGUAUAUAUAUAUCCCUAUAAUAGGGUUCUCAGGUAGGUCCCAGAGCUGUGUAUAUAUAUCCCUGAUAUUGGGUUCUCAGGUAGGUCCCAGAGCUAUGUAUAUCAGGUUCUCAGGUUGGUCCCAGAGCUAUCUAUAUCCCUGAUAUAGGAUUCUCAGGUAGGUCCCAGAGCUAUGUAUAUAUAUCCCUGAUAUAGGGUUCUCAGGUAGGUACCAGAGCUGUGUAUAUAUAUCCCUGAUAUAGGGUUCUCAGGUAGGUCCCAGAGCUGUGUGUAUAUAUAUCCCUAUUAUAGGGUUCUCAGGUAGGUCCCAGAGCUAUGUAUAUAUAUCCCUGAUAUAGGGUUCUCAGGUAGGUCCCAGAGCUGUGUAUAUCGGGUUCUCAGGUUGGUCCCAGAGCUAUCAAUAUCCCUGAUAGGGUUUUCAGGUAGGUCCCAGAGCUAUGUAUAUAUAUCCCUGAUAUAGGGUUCUCAGGUAGGUCCCAGAGAUCUGUAUAUAUAUCCCUGAUAUAGGGUUCUCAGGUAGGUCCCAGAGAUCUGUAUAUAUAUCCCUGAUAUAGGGUUCUCAGGUAGGUCCCAGAGCUAUGUAUAUAUAUCCCUGAUAUAGGGUUCUCAGGUAGGUCCCAGAGCUCUGUAUAUAUAUCCCUGAUAUAGGGUUCUCAGGUAGGUCCCAGAGCUAUGAAUAUAUAUCCCUGAUAUAGGGUUCUCAGGUAGGUCCCAGAGCUAUGAAUAUAUAUCCCUGAUAUAGGGUUCUCAGGUAGGUUCCAGAGCUAUGUACCGUAUAUACUCGAGUAUAAGCCGAGUUUUUCAGCACAUUUUUUGUGCUGAAAAACCCCAACUCGGCUUAUACUCGAGUGAGUGUCUGUAUUAUGGCAAUUUACAUUAAUUUACAUUGCCAUAAUACAGACUGGGGGCUGGCAGAGCUGUUACUUACCUCUCCUGCAGCUCCUGUCAGCUCUCUCCUCCUCCGCGCCGGUCCGUCAGCACCUCGGUCAGCUCCCAGUGUAAGUCUUGCGAGAGCCGCGGGGUCAUAGUGCGGCUCUCGCGAGACUUACAGUGUGAGCUGACAGAAGAGCUGCACGGACCGGCGCGGAGGAGGAGAGAGCUGACAGGAGCUGCAGGAGAGGUAAGUAACAGCUCUGCCAGCCCCCCUCCUCCCCCCACUGAACUGCCAAUGCCACUGGACCACCAGGGAAGGAGAGCCCCCCUCCCUGCCAUGUAUCAAGCAGGGAGGGGGGACAAAAAAUAAAUAAAUAAUAAUAUAUAAAUAUAAAUAAUAAUAAUAAUAAAAAAUAAAAAUAAAUUUUUUUUAUAAAAAUGCCCACCCCCCCACCAAGGCUCUGCAACACAAACACACACUGCAUCACACACACACACACACACACACACUGCACUCAUACACACACACUGCACUCAUACACACACACUGCAUUCAUACAAACACUGCACUCAUACACACACACUGCACUCAUACACACACACUGCACACUCAUACACACACUGCAUUCAUACACACACUGCAUUCAUACACACACUGCACUCAUACACACACUGCAUUCAUACACACACACUGCAUUCAUCAUAUACACACACUGUAAAUAAAUAUUCAAUUAAUAUAAUUUUUUUAGGAUCUAAUUUUAUUUAGAAAUUUACCAGUAGCUGCUGCAUUUCCCACCCUAGUCAACUACUCGAGUCAAUACGUUUUCCCAGUUUUUUGGGGUAAAAUUAGGGGCCUCGGCUUAUAUUCGGGUCGGCUUAUACUCGAGUAUAUACGGUAUAUUUAUUCUUUAUGUAGGUUUGUUUCAGGUAGGUUCCCAAGCUCUGUAUAGACAUCCCUCAGGUGGUGUUGAAGUGAUGUUACCACGUGAUAUCUGUAAUAUGUCCCCACUGAAUGAAGUUUUAAAUCACAAAGUAGCUAAAAUUUCCCAUUUCGUUUGUGAUAUUGUGGCUGAUACGAGGCUCUCUCCUCUCUCUAUGUGAUGCUCAGGUUGUGCUAGCUUCCACCAAGGACACAGGUCAGGUUGUUGCAAUUAAAGUAAUAAAGAAAGAUAAAGUUAAGGAAAGGACCAUUCAGAAGGAGGAGCGGAUACUGCAAAUGGCGAGCGGCAGUCCAUUCCUAUGUCAGGGACUCGCUGCCUUCCAGACCCAGGUAAGAAACGCUGUCCAUAAUGUUUCCUUAUUUCUAUAUAUUUCUAUACGGCUGAUUGUGUUCUGUUAUUAUUAUUACAAUAUAUAUAUUAACUGGAUAUAUGUUAUCUCUCUUGUGAAACAGAAGGAAGCCUCCCUGGUCAUGGAGCACGUACCAGGGGGCAGUCUCCGUUCUUACAUGGCUGGAAAGGAAUGUCUGCCCAUGGGGGAAGCAAGGUGAGUCGUUAAAAGCUCUAGCAGGUAGGAGGAAGGAGUGAGUUUAACACACGAUACAGGAAUGUAAGGAUAUAUACAUAUACCCUCAAUAGUAGGACUAUUAAUGGAGAUCCAUCAGGGGUACAGACUGGGUUAACAGUAAUGUACUAAACCAGAAUUCCUCCUUCAAUAUCAGCCAGACAAUGGGCAAUACAAGAAACCCAGCUCUGAUCCUAUUCUAUGCUCGUGUCCUAUUUAUUCUUUCUUUCUCUCUCUUCCCUCCCUUUUUUCCCCUCCUCCUCAGUGGUAUCUCACUCACUAGCUGAGGACGGAGAAUCUUACAUCCCUCUGGAAUACGUGAUGGCUUAAAUGGUUGACGAGUUGGAUAAUCGGUUGAUAUCAUGGAUUCCAUCUGAUGAUAUCGUAUAUUACUAUGCUUUCCAUGGUACUUCCUGCUAGGAAAGUUACUAUUGACAUGCAUGCCCAAACACCCAUCUUUCGAUAUACAGAGGCAACUUAGAACUUUUUAGAUGUUUUCCUUAUUAAUAACUCAUUCCGUGUCUGUCUGAGGCAUUACUGCACGUGUACACAUAAUUCUACCUGCUUUGUUCGAUUUAAAAAUAAAAAUAAAGAUUGUCUAAAACAAACAAAAAAAGAAACUCAGGACUAGCAGUGGGAUACGUUCUGUACUGACUGACGGCAGAUCGGGAGCCACUAGGGGUCAGCUGACCUGCCGCAGCGCUAAGCUGACUUCAGGGUGGAUCUCCUUCUACACACUUGAAAUACAAAUUGCUAUGACCAUGGAUCUUCGUAAUAAAUUCAUAUGUUUAUAGAUUAUUGAUUUGUACAUCUAACAAAUUGGAGGGGACUUGAAGAAUCAUAGAGCAGCUUGUGCUUUAUGGCAGAGAACCGAGAAGGGUUCAAUGGAUAAUAUAUCAAGGGACAGUCAUGUUCCAAAUUAAAACACUGAUGGUUUUAAUAACAAUAUUAAUGGUAAUAAAGUAAACUCUAAUCUCCCAAGGACAGGUCCUGUUUAGUUUAAAAUGAAAAUGUUAUGUUCAUAUUGGUCGCAGUGUUUAGCAUGAUGUAUAGAUACUCGUACCUUGCCCAGGUAUAUUUUAUUAUUUUAUUUACUAUUAAUGUUUGGGGGAGAUUGCUUUAUAUUCUUUAUAUUCUGUUUUCCAGGUUCUUUUCAUCAAACCUUGUUUGUGGGAUCCAGUACCUCCAUUCCCGGGGGAUCCUUCAUCGGUCAGUAUUAGCGUUAGUUUAUUCAGUAAGCGGUAACUUACUCUAACAAGAAAUAAUGUGUUUAUAUCUCUGCUCUGUCCUAUAUCUCACCUUUAUAUCUGUCUUCAUCAUUUAGGGAUCUGAAGCCAGAUAAUAUUCUCCUGGGUGCCAACGGCUAUCUCAAAAUAGCUGACUUUGGUCUCUCAGCAGAAAAUAUCUUUACAGAUACAACAACCAGAGGACAAGCUGGCACACUGCUUUACAUGGCGCCAGAGGUUAGUUAGAGGGUGUGGUUACGUGGAAUGUAGGGGGAGGAGUUACGAGGAGUGGUAUAAGAGCAAUGCAGUAGCUAAAGGGGUGUAUAACGAGCAGUAGAAGGAUGACUAACACGAGCUGGGUAUAAGGGCAGUAUCGGAGUAUUAAUGGAUGCACUGACAAGAACGCUAUUGGACUAGCCUAAUAAUAAAAAGAUGGGUAAUGUAUGAAGAUCUCUAGAAUGUGAUAGGUUUGGUACAUUUAAUACCAUAUUUAAUAAAAUUGCAUAUCUUAUGGGUUUUGCCAGGUACUCAGCAACAAACUGUACGGCCAAUCAGCAGACUGGUGGUCAUUUGGCGUAAUUCUCUGCCGCAUGAUCACCGGAAAGUUCCCAUUUAAUAACAAGCUCAGCCGACAGGAGUACAUCAAGGAAGUAUUAAACACUGACCCACGUUACCCCACCUGGCUGUGCAGCAAUCCUACAGACCUCCUGGACAAGGUAAGGUGAUAGAGAAUGUGCCGGUUAAGGUUUUAAUUGGAUGUAAUGAUAGGGGAUGUAAAGAAACAUUAAAGAAAAUACUGGUGGAGAUAUGGGUGGGGGGGGGGGUGUUACUGGGAAUCGAUACUAGUUAUAUUUCUUGGAGUAUGUACUAAACAGGUUAAAGAACCAACUGGAAUAGUGAAAGUAACUUGUGUUCCGUGCUGAGAAGCUUCAGUAUUCCACAUUCAUGGCUGUCGCCCCCUUUUGCACGGGUUUGAUAGCGGCAUGGAGUGCUGGGGUGUUUAUCUAAUGCCUGAAAUGAUUUAAAUCCUGAUGUUUAAUGGGUUAAUACUAACAUUUAAUAAUGAUGGCAGAUAAAAACACUGACAUUUAAUUUACAAUACGUAAUCCUAUUUAUUAAGGGUAAGAGUGGACUGGAGUGUCCUAGUGGGAGAGGUAACAUAAAAAGAAGAGGGGAAAAAAGCAGAGGGAAGCCAUACCUUUUAAUAAUCCUAGGGGAAAAACAAUAGUGUGGAAAAGUAUCAGAACCCUAAAACAGGACAAGGUGAGAGACAACUAGUUAUUAAUAUUAUCAGCGUAUAUAAUUGCGUACACGGAUACCCGUAGAAAUCCCCAAAAAUCUGCUUUUUCCCCCUCUUCUUUUUAUGUUAACUCUCCCACUAGGACACUCCAGUCCACUCUUAUCUUUACUUUGUACAUUGUGUGUUAUUCCCCAGAUUUAGGGAGAGUAACAGUGGGCAUCCUUUGGCACUGCUCCAUUGGUCCCUCAUUGUUUUGGGACUUCUGGAUCAGAGCCUAUUUUCUUCUUUUCAUUUAUUAAUCCUAUUUAUUACUCUCUGCCUGCAACCGACAGACAGAUCAUGCAGCCAUUUUAUGUUCCGGACAACACAAGAGGAAAUCUAAAUUAAAAAAAACAUUAUUUACAAAAAAUUUAAUUUGCUGAUCAGUCAUAUAAUCGAGAUUUUAGUUAAUGUAACACAUUUACCACAAACUUUUCCUAAGCACUGCCUCAUCUGAGGUUUGUUAGAAGGUUAAAAUGGCGUCCUCCAUCAGAGGUGAUUGGUUUUGAAUGCAUUAAAGUUUGUACAUCAAAGUGUUACAGUUCAGAGAUAUAAAGUAAAUUAUACUCAGUGUAUGCUCUCUCUCUUACUAGCUCCUGGAUAAGGAUCCUAAUGCACGUGCUGUGGCAGGAAGGAACAUUCGGGGGCACCCCUUCUACACAAACAUUAAUUGGGAAGAUCUAGAGAGGGGCAAAGUGACCUGUCCAUUCUUGUCAUUGCUGGUAAGUACACAAAUAAUCAGUAUUUACAAACUGAGGAAAGAUUAUAAAGAAUAAUAAUUCCACCACAACAGCAUGAAAACCGAUUCCUUGAUCCACCAGUAAUCAUAUCCAAGAGAAGGGUUCCAUUUAAAAAGAAUUUUAUAUAUUUAUUUAUUUAUUAAUUGCUAACCCUGUUGAUCAUGUUCUACUUCUUCAAACUCUUCAAUCACUCUGUGUCUCUGUGACACUGUCCUCUCGUGUUUUUCCUCCUAUCUGUCCCAAUGCUCAUUCAGUGUCUCCUUUUCUAAUGACACCUCCUCCCUUCGUCCUGUCUCGAUUGGAGUCACCCAAGGCUCUGUCCUUGAUCCCCUUCUAUUUUCUUUUUAUACUGCAUCUCUUGGCAAACUUAUUACCUCAUUUGGAUUCCACUACCACCUGUACGCCGAUGACACCAAGAUAUAUCUCUCCUCCCCGUACCUCUCCCCUGCCAUCCUGCAAUGUGUCACUGCUUGCCCUUCUUCCAUCGCUGACUGCAUGUCCUUCCACUUUCUGAAACUCAAUCUCUCUAAAACUGAACUUCUUGUCUUUCCUCCUACUAAUAUUGAUUAUCCUCUCUCGCUUUCCCUUCAAGUUGAUGGAACCCACAUCAGUCCAUCCUUGCAAGCGCACUGUCUUGGCAUCAUACUUGAUUCUGGCCUCACCUUUGAGUCUCACAUCCAGUCUUUUACCAAAUCCUGUAGAUUCCAUCUUAAAAACAUAGUCCGCAUGCGCUUCUUUUUUAUGCAAGAUGCUACCAAGCAGCUUGUCCAUGCUCUAGUGAUCUCUCGCUUGGAUUAUUGUAACCCUCUCCUAAUUGGUCUUCCCAAAAGCCGUAUUGCCCUGCUACAGUCUGUAAUGAAUAUUGCUGCCAGACUGAUUUUCCUUUCCAGUUGGUCCUCUCACACCUCACCCCUCUGCCAGUCUUUACAUUGACUUCCUGUAUCCUAUAGGAAUCAAUUCAAAGUACUAAUCCAUACCUAUAAAGCAUUGAACAAUUUUAUCCCCUCCUACAUCUCCUCACAGAUCCGUAGGUAUGCCCCUUCUCGAUCUCUACGCUCUGCCCAUGACCUUCUCCUGUCUGCUGCUUGCACCUUUAACGCCAAUUCACGCUUGCAGGACUUCUCACGGAUGGCUCUUUUCCUUAGGAAUAGCCUGCCUACCCCCAUCAGACUCUCCUUUAGUCUUCAAUCUUUAAAAAGUGCCUUAAAACCCAUCACUUUAGGAAAGCGUAUGGCCUCCCAGAUGAACCUCUACCUCACAUACCUGUCCCUUGCUCUCUCCUAAAAAGCAGCACUCUAUCUCUCCUCCAGUUUUGCUUCACUCCUACUCUUUUUGAUUGCUAUAUCCUGUCAUAUUGUGUUUUAUACCCCACCUCCUAUAGACUGUAAGCUUGUUUGUGCAGUGUUCUCUUCAACCUAUCAUUCCUGUAAGUUUUUGUAAUUGUCUUACUUAUUGUUAAAUACCCCCCUUAUAAUAUUGUAAAGCGAUACAGAAUCUAUUGGCACUAUAUAAAUGCCAAUAAUAAUAAUUGCUCCCCACCAUCACUGUGACCAUAAUAAACAGUACAUUGUUAUUUAUAUGUAAGAAGUAGGCAAUGCCAUAUGAUGCUAAACUAAUUACAUAUCAUUUCUUGUUGCAGACACCGUAUCAAGAGACAGACACCACAGAAGAAUUAAUUUUUUUCUGCUAAGUAACACCUCUUUUUUUCAAGACUAAGUCAUCCAUGGCCUGUCCUUCACAAUCUAGGAAUGUCGGUAAUGAAAGAAAAGAAAAGAUGUCCAGCAAAGAAGAUGGUGAUGGCCACAUGUUGGUCAAACUAUAG